AUGGGACUCUCACGGAUGUGUGCAAAAGGCUGCUCUGAAACGGAGCCGAAGCCGUCAAGAGGCUCUUGUGUUGCUAUCACCAACGUACGAGUUUUCGAUGGAGACAAGAUCUGUGAACCGAGCAUUGUUAUCAUCAAAGGUGAGCUCAUUGGUAGUUCUGAAAUGGUGCCUACUGAAACCGUGGAUGCACAGGGAGGGGUGUUAUUACCCGGACUGAUAGACUGUCAUAUCCACUUGACGGGGACGGACGACCUCGUUCGGAUGACGGAGUACGGCGUGACCACUGCAUUUGAUAUGGCUACCUGGCCCGCUGAGCUUCUCAAGUCGCUCCGUGGACAGAAGGGUCUUACUGACAUCAAAGC